AUGUUUGAAAAGGAGAUGAAGCACAUAGUUUCAGAGCUCUCUGUGCCUGUACCUUGGGGAGAAAUCAGAGGGAAAGUCUGGGGUCCGGAUCAUGGCCAGCCGGUUCUUUGCCUUCACGGCUGGGCUGAUAACUGUGGUACAUUCAACACCCUCAUUCCUCUUCUACCCAAAGACUUCAGAUAUGUGGCAGUGGAUCUGCCGGGUCAUGGCUGCUCGUCACAUCGUCCUCCUGGAGUUCUGUACACCUUUCCCUCCUACAUGAUGGAUGUGCGCCGAGUUGUUGAUGCUCUGCAGUGGAGUAAAUUCUCCAUCAUUGGCCACAGCAUGGGUGGCAACAUAGCUGGAAUGUUCAGCGCAGUGUACCCUGAGAUGGUGGAUGCUGUUGUACUGGUGGACUCCUUUGGGUUUUUACCUACAGACCCGAAAAAAAUGCCCACCAUACUGAGGCAGGGGAUGGACGAGCUGAUCGAGUUGGAAAAACAGACAAAGAACAAGCCAGCCAAACUUUAUACUUAUGAGAAGGCUGUUGAGAGGCUCAUGGCUGGAAAUGAUGGUCUGACUGAAAAGUCAGCAAAAAUCCUGUUAGAUCGAGGUCUGGUUCAAGUUGACGGGGGGUUCAUAUUCUCCAGAGACAUGCGUCUUCACUUGAAAAACAUAGUUCGCAUCAAUUUGGAGGACAGUCUGGAUUUUCAGUCAAGAAUCAAAGCCUCUGUUCUAGUCAUCAUGGCAGAAGGUGGAUUAGAAAAACUGUUUUCUGAAGAAGACCAGAAGAAAUUCCCACCUGUAAUUCUUCAGGGCUACAGAGACAGAAAUCACACCGUGGUGACCGUUCCAGGCAAUCAUCACGUCCACCUGAAUCAUCCUGAAGUUGUUGCUCAACUUGUGUCUGACUUCCUGAAGAGCAAACUGCUCUCACAGUCGGCAAGAUCGGGAGAUGUUCCUACGCCGAAGUUAUAGCAAGCGCAGACUAAUUUAAUAAAUUCACACAAAUCAUGUCACACUUAGUUUUUUUCAUUAACACGUUACUGUUUACGCUCUGGUGGU